AGCAACGAUUUCUCUUAUUCACAAUGAGUCGGUCUCCGGAGGAAAUGGAGGCCACCCUGCAGAUUGCGAAACUGAAUGUGGAGGAUCUGCGCAGCACUGCCCAGUGCCUGACCUUCAGCAAUACCUUCACCUCCGGGGAUUAUUGUCUGAUGGAACUGGAUGAGACGCUAUGUAAGGAGGUCGAGUCUGGAGGCAGCUUGGUGAUCCGAGGAGACAAGAGCGAUCACGCUGUCCUUUGUAGCCAAGACAAAACGUAUGACCUAAAAAUUGCCGACACCUCCAAUUUGCUGCUGUUCAUCCCGGACUGCAGAACCCCCGAGCAGCUUCCCAGCGACCAGCCAUCGCUCAGUGUCAGUAUGUGUGAGAUUGCCGGAUUCUCUAAUCACUACUGGGAGCUGCGGAGAUGUCGGCCCAAACUAAAGAAGCUGAAGAAACUUUUGUUAGAAAAUCCCUAUGAGGGACCGGAGAACGAGAAGGACACAAGCCAGAACACAGAGCUGUACACAACAGAAGACCUACUGAGCCAGAUUCAAGCAAGCUCUGUAGAAUUAAUGGACCACCUGAAAGUCAUACAUGCGCGCCAAAUAAACGGAUUCUGGAGGCUUCUGGACUUUGACUAUGAAAUGAAGCUUCUCAAUCACAUUACUCAGUUAAUGGACUCGGAGUCCUGGUCAUUCAGCCGCAUACCACUGACAGUGUGCCUACAGGAACUAAGACCUCUGGAGCCAGAAGAGAUGAUCCAGCACUGUCUAGAGUGUUAUGGAAAAAGGUUUGUUGAUGAAGGUGAAGUGUUCUAUGCAUUAGAUGAAGACAAAAUUUGCAGAGCCACGGCCCAGAUGCUUCUGCAGAAUGCAGUGAAGUUUAAUCUCUCGGAGUUCCAAGACGUUUGGCAGCAGAGUGUUCCUGAAGGAAUGACGACUAGGUUAGACCAGCUGAAGGGAUUGGCCUUGGUGGAUCGAUCUUCUCGACCAGAGACUAUCUUUCUGUUGAAGACGGAAGACCUACCUGAGGACACCCAGGAGCGUUUCAACACCUUGUUUAACAUGAGGGAAAAAUGGACAGAAGCUGAUAUGGCACCAUACAUCCAGGACCUGUGUGGAGAGAAGCAAACCAUUGGAGCACUGCUGACUAAAUACGCCCGCACUUCUCUUCAGAAUGGGGUCAAACUAUAUAACUCUAGGCGACCUCUGUCCUAGCACGUUUAUUUCUGCUGUACAAUAAUGUAAAAUAUUUCUUUGUAUUGUUUUAUAAAUCUGUUACUCGUCAAUUGUGGUCUAUUUUUUU